UCAAGUCCUUCAGGCAAGCGAACGUCCUGCGCGGGGUGACCAGGGAAAUUCUCCGCAUUCUGUGGGGAACCCCAUGCGACGAUCUCUGGGAUGUGGAGACCUCAUUUGAAGGUGACGGCGACCUGUCCACUCAGCGCUGCUGGAAAUUCCCUCCCUCAUCCCGGCUUUUCCUUGUCGACAGAAGUCUGUCGCGUCACGACCAAGCUUCUGACAUACCGAUUAUCUUAACCUAAUCCAUGGUACAUUCCUCCGGCAAAACUUCGGAAAAGCCCUAAAUAUGGCACGGGAUAUCGUCCGAUCUUUACGUACCGACGGCUUAAAACAUCAAUAAACAUGCCCCGGGCUGUCAGCAGUCUCCGGGAUGUCCGACACAGCUAUAUAUAUGGAGUCACCUAGCUCAUGGCAGAGAAAAAUGUCUCCGUGAACCACAAUCACACCCAAUAUGCCUUCCCUUCGUCGGCUUCUGCCCUUUCUUACUGCGGGCUCUGCCGCUCUGGCAAGCCAAGAUGCGUUUCAAGACAAGUGUACGGAUUUUGCAAGCAAAAUAACCCUGCCUAAUGUGCGGGUGAAUUUUGUCAAUUACGUGCCUGGCGGCACCAAUGUUUCUUUGCCAGAUAAUCCAACCAGUUGCGGCACAACUUCUCAAGUAGUAUCCGAGGAUGUGUGCCGCAUUGCCAUGGCUGUUGCAACCUCGAACAGCAGCGAAAUCACCCUCGAAGCGUGGCUCCCCAGAAACUACACUGGCCGCUUCCUGAGUACGGGCAACGGUGGUCUUUCAGGCUGUAUCCAGUACUAUGAUCUAGCGUACACCUCCGGCCUAGGGUUUGCCACGGUCGGCGCCAACAGCGGCCACAACGGAACAUCUGGAGAGCCUUUCUACCACCACCCCGAGGUCCUCGAAGACUUUGUACAUCGUUCAGUCCACACCGGUGUCGUGGUUGGCAAGCAAUUGACCAAGCUCUUCUACGAGGAAGGGUUCAAGAAGUCGUACUACCUCGGUUGCUCCACCGGUGGUCGGCAGGGAUUCAAAUCCGUUCAGCAAUACCCCAAUGACUUUGACGGUGUUGUGGCCGGCGCACCGGCAUUCAACAUGAUCAACCUCAUGUCAUGGAGUGCCCACUUCUACCCAAUCACGGGGCCAGUCGGGUCAGACACAUACCUAUCCCCCGACCUGUGGAACAUCACCCAUAAGGAGAUCCUGCGUCAAUGCGAUGGUAUCGACGGAGCAGAGGACGGCAUUAUCGAAGACCCCAGUCUUUGCAACCCCGUCCUUGAGGCUAUCAUCUGCAAGCCUGGCCAAAACACCACGCAGUGUCUAACGGGCCAGCAAGCCCACACCGUUCGCGAGAUCUUCUCCCCGCUGUAUGGAGCGAACGGCACCUUGCUUUAUCCCCGCAUGCAGCCUGGCUCCGAGGUAAUGGCCUCUUCGAUGAUGUACAACGGCCAGCCGUUCAAGUACAGCACCGACUGGUACCGCUAUGUUGUCUACGAGAACCCCAACUGGGACGCAACGAAGUUCACCGUGCGCGACGCGGCCGUCGCUCUGAAGCAGAACCCAUUCAACCUGCAGACCUGGGACGCAGACAUCUCCGCGUUCCGCAAGGCCGGCGGCAAAGUCCUCACCUACCACGGACUCAUGGACCAGCUCAUCAGCUCGGAGAACUCCAAGCUGUACUACGCGCGCGUCGCGGAAACCAUGAACACGUCUCCGGACCAACUGGAUGAGUUCUACCGCUUCUUCCAGAUCAGUGGAAUGGCGCAUUGUAGUGGAGGGGACGGCGCGUACGGCAUUGGAAACCAGCUCGUGACCUAUAACGAUGCCAACCCGGAGAACAACGUUCUCAUGGCGAUGGUUCAGUGGGUGGAGAAGGGCAUCGCCCCGGAGACGAUUCGUGGUGCUAAGUUCACCGAUGGGGCGGGCUCGGCCGUGGAGUACACCCGCAAGCACUGUCGCUACCCUCGCCGGAAUGUAUACAAGGGGCCAGGGAACUACACUGAUGAGAACGCGUGGCAGUGCGUGUAGAAUCUUGAAGUGUUGUAAAUAUAUGUGCAUUACAUAGACAAAGCAUUUGUGCCUUGAUGAUUUAUUUAUUCGCCUAUCAUAGACGAUAUAAAACCUCGUUUUGC